AUGGCGACUGUGGAAGGCCAAAGCGACCCAGCCUUCAAGGCUCUCAAAGACUUCUUCCAAGAAAAGCUUAACGAUGACUCCGAGCUAGGAGCAUCGAUCACAGUCAACAUCAACGGCAAAGAUGUCGUCGACAUCUGGGGCGGCUACGCAGAUGAGGAAAAAACAAAGAAAUGGCAAGCCGAUACCAUCGUUAACGUCUGGUCCUCAACCAAAACCGUGACCGCCGCCGCCUUCCUCCUAGCUCACCAACGCAACAUCAUCAACCUCGACGACCCCGUCGCCAAAUACUGGCCUGAAUUCGCCCAAAACGGCAAGGAGAAGAUCCUCAUACGGCACGUACUCAGCCACACCUCCGGCGUCUCAGGCUGGGAGGGCGGCAUCACCCUCGAAGAGCUCUGCGACGCACCCACCGCCGCCGCCAAACUCGAGGCCCAAGCACCCUGGUGGGAACCUGGCACCGCCAGCGGUUACCACGCCACGAACCAAGGCGCACCCCUCUCCGAAGUCUUCCGACGAGCCAGCGGCGGACAGACCCUGAAGGACUUCAUCGCCAACGAAAUCGCCAAACCCCUGAACGCAAACUUCCAAUACGGCGCCAUCGAAAGCGACUGGCCGCGAAUUGCCCCCGUCAUCCCACCUCCACCACCAGCAGCCGACUUCAAGAUCGACCCAGACAGUGUCGCAGGCAAGACGUUCAUCAAUCCAAGCAUGAACGCCCUAGUCGCCAACACCGACAUCUGGCGACAAGGCGAGAUCGGCGCUGUCAACGGCCACACAACCGCCCUGGGCCUAAACCGGAUCCUCCGCGCGAUCACUCUCGCCGGCACUCCCCACGACGAAGCCAAACUCUUCACCCCAGAAACCAUCUCCCAGAUCUUCCGUGAGCAGUCCGACGGCGUGGAUCUGUGCAUCGGCAUGCCGAUCCGCUUCGGGAUCGGGUUCUCGAUCGGUGGCGGCGGUUCAGCAAAGUCGUUUGAUUAUUUGCCGCAAGAGAAGAUGUGUUUCUGGAACGGGUGGGGAGGGAGUUUUGGGGUGUGUGAUUUGCAUAGGGGGGUGACGUUUACGUAUGUGAUGAAUAAGAUGGGGGGCGGGUUGAUUGGGAAUGAGAGGAGUAUUGAGUAUUGUCGGAUUAUUUGGCGGUUGCUGAGGGAGCAGGAGGGGAAGGAUGGGCAGUUGUAG